GUUUUUCUUUGAAAAAAAUACAAUUUUAGACAAAUAAGAGGUUUAUCUUCACAAAACGGUUCGGACCACUAAAUCAAGGCAAUUCUAUAUGAAAUGUUUCAAAAUUUUUAAAUCGGAAAAUUCAGUGGGUGUCACAAAUCAUUGAAGAAGUAUUAAAAUAUUGAACAAAUAAUGGAUCAAAAAUGCAAUUUGCCUGAAAAUGAAACAGAGUUUAGUAAGAACAUGAAGGAAUUGCAGUCACUAUUGGCCGAUGUAAACAAGGAGUUAGCGCCCCUCUGUAAGAAAUGUGCUGUAAAAAAAUCAUCACAAUGUAGUGCUAUAGACAAGAUAGACGAAAAACCUCAUUCAACGAGUACUGAAACAGGUGCUCGUCUGAUCGCUGGUGAUAAUAAAAAAAAAUUUAAUGGAACCAUACAAAACAAUAGAAAGGUUUUUUCUAAUCAACUGGGAUCAACUGAAAGUAAAAACGUAGCUGAGAAAAGCAAAAUCGAUGUACCAAUGGAGACUAAAUCAGAACUGGAACUAUCGAAGUCCUCGCAAUCAGAUUUAUACGAAUAUAUCGAUUUACCAUCAACAUCAAGAGCUGCAAAGCACAAGGAAGAAAAGAAAAUAUUUCAAAAGAAAAGUCCAUUAAAUUUACUAAACUCAAGUUAUCAGCUAACCAAUUUACGAAGAGAUAAAUACGUCGAACUGAAGUUAAUUUCUAGCACCACAUCUUUCGAAGAACGUUUGAAUCAAAUUUACUCAAAACAAAAGGAAGAUGAAAUUUAUAAUUUACCAAUACUUUCAUAUAAAGCCUACACAAAUAUGAUUAAUAUUAGUGAAAAGAAAGUAGAAGAAAAAGAAGAAGAUAGUGUAACAAUAGCAAAGCUGAUAUUACAAAAUAAAUUUUUUCGACAGACUACCGAAGAACCAGAAGAAAUUGUUAAAGAAGUGCCAGAUAAACUAGAGUUACGUGUAGGACCUUUCAAAACAAUCGAUCACGAAAAGCUCAGAAAUAUUAACGAGAAUAUAGAAAGGCGUUGGACAACAAUGUUAAGUCCGCAAGCACGCCUUCGUAAAUCAUUAUUAAAUUUAUAUAGAAAAGAUCAAGAUAGAGAGCAUAAAAAGCGUAAAACAGUACGAAAACAAAGAAAAUUGGAAGGUGGUCAAGAUGGACAAAAUGGACAAUAUGUAAAAAGAAACCCUUUGCGAUUGGAAAGAAAACAGUCAACUCAAAAAUUACAAUUAAUUGAUUUAUAUAUACGCAAUGACAAGAAAAAAAUUCAGAGUGUCGUUGAGGCUAAGACACAAAGAGAAAAUCAGUUUAAGCAGAUGAUUGAAAAGUACUUUUCCAAGCAUGUACCACUAAAAGACCUGGAGACAAAUUUUGACAGUGAUUAUUUUCAUGGCCGAUUUGUUGAUACUUUUGAUACUGAUGUGUAUUCGGGAUCCGAUUAUGACUCCGAAGAUGAUGAUAAUGGUUCUUUUGAUGAAUUAAGCUCAGACACAAAUAUUGGUUCUGCCUUUUCCAUAACUGGCCUAUCAGAUCCAGCAGCUACACAAAGGUUAACAGACCUUCACAAUGAAUAUAUCGAACGUGCGACCAAAGCACACGAAAAAGGGCAAAUAUUUUUCAUUCAUGGGCAUUUCACAGCACUUCGCAAAGAAUUUCAUCGUCGUGGUUGGUUGGAAAAGCUUCCUGAGCAUCGCUUUUCUUCAUUGCAGGAUCUGCCGGAUGCCGUCUUAUUAUAUAAUGCAAGAAAGGGAAAUAAUUACGAAAUUGUUAUGAUUUCAAGAGUUCUAGCAAAAUAUCCUCCUGUAUUUAUAUGGCAACCGAAAUUCAUAACGGAUAUAACAAUUAAAAGCAUAGGUGAUGUUGUAAAUGGAUCUUAUCCGCAUAGAAAUCGAGUAUAUAGGGGAUAUGAUACAGAUUUCACGUCGAAAGUUGGUUUAAUUGGUUGCACAAAAGAAGAUACGUGUGAUAAUGAUAGAUACCCGCGUGUAUACCGAAUCUGUGAUUCCCAACGUGAACAAGAACUUUUCGUAAAAGAUUUCCGUCGAACACAGUGCAGAUCACUUUUAAGAUACCUAUGCAAACAUUUUACAAACAGCCAAAAAGUUAUUGAUGAGAAAGUGGGGACAAUACCGGCAUCUGUUGCAUAUUUUGCGCUUGAAGUAUUUAAAGAAGAAUAUUUUACUGGAACUAAUAACGUCAAUGAGAAGAAAGGUUCAAUCUUUGAAAAAAAAACUAAUGAUCAAUGGAAUGAUUUUAUUUUAUCAUCAAAUAAUGUAAUACAUUCCAAAUGCAAAUUAAAAAUGAAUUUACCUAUGCUCAAUGAUGUUGUGAAUAUCGUGAAACCGUGUCUGCGUUCGCUUGAAGAAAAUACUCGUAAUAUAAAAUGGGAAGGCCAUAAAAAUAUCUGGUUGUUAAAACCAGGUUUCAGAUGCCGUGGUAUGGGUAUACUUCUUACAAGGGAUGUGGAAUAUGUAUUACGAGUAGUUAAUGCCAGAAACAGUCAAAGUUAUAUUGUGCAAAAAUAUAUCGAGCGCCCUUUGUUAAUCUAUAACACGAAAUUCGACAUAAGAAUGUAUUUCAUAUAUCGUAUAGAAGCGGAAUUUAUAUCAGUUUGGUUAUAUGAUGACUUUUACUUACGAUUUAGCUCACAAACAUUCAGUUUGAAUGAUUUAAGAGAGUCGGUUCAUUUGACUAAUAAUUCCGUGCAAAAAAAAUACUCAAAUAGUACAACUCGCGAUAAACGAUUGCCUCCGUGCAAUAUGUGGGGUCAAGUGGAAUUUUUAAAGUAUCUGGAUUCUCAAGGCAAAUAUGAUUUGUGGAAAAGACAAAUAAUUCCGAGGAUUCGUGCGAUUAUUGUUUCGAUUGUCACAGCAAGUCUUAAGGAAACAGAUCUAAUUCCAAACACCUACGAGCUAUUUGGAUGUGAUUUUAUGCUGGACCAAGACUACUUUCCCAUACUUAUAGAAAUAAAUUCAUCGCCUGAUUUAACCCACUCCACACAUGUUACUGCAGCCGUGUGUCCAAAGGUGCUAACUGAUUUAGUCAAAGUUGUUGUAGAUUACCCAAGCAAAAAGCAAAACGGUGCACCUUUCAAUUUAAUACAUCGUUUUCAUUAUGACUGAUUGCAUAAAGCCGCAUCACACAGUCAAAUAAAAAAGUAAAUGCUAACUACUGUCGCAACACAUCCUUCAGGACAACUAACACCACAGAUUAGUCAACAUGCUAACACCCUAUAAAAGGUGAUAAGAAUUGGAUAACGAGUGAAGGAUUUAAAAAAUAAAAUUUGUACUUAUAUUCAUUAUAAAUUGCAUUGAAUUUUUAAAAAAGGUGCCAACCACGUAAGCCGAAUGCCUAUCGUUAACACCAUCAAUCAAAAGUUUUAAAGUUAUAUGGAAAUGGUAAUGCAACAAACAUUUUUCUCGCAUUAUUGAUCAAAAAUAUCAUUUGGAAUAGAAAAGUUCAAUUUUUAAUACUUCAAAAAGAGAUAUGGUUCCAAAUAGACCAAAUAUGACUACGAUGAGUCUAAAUCGGACAGAACUCCAACCGCUAAUAAUCGGAAAGUUUUGACACUACUAUAAAAAUUAUUUGUAACAAAAAGAACAUCACCGGUUUACCAAUUAUUACAACUACAAGAAACCUAAAGCCUUAACUAACAAAAUUUUGAUCAAAAUUUCUGUAAAGUUUUUAAUUAUUUCAAAAUUAUAUACAGUCUAUAUAAAGU